CCUCCCGCCGGGGUUGUGGUUCCGGGGCGCGGGCGGGUGACCGCCGGGCGGGAGGGCAGCAUGGGGUUGACGGUGGAGUCCUUGAAGCAGGCUAUGAAGUACAUGGUGGAGUCGCAGGGCUUCGACCGGGUGCUCCAGAAGGUGAAACUUCUCUCUGCAACUCCUGGAAAAAUUGUUUGUGAAAUGAAAGUAGAGGAGGAGCAUACAAACAGAUUUGGCACAUUACAUGGAGGCUUGACAGCCACACUUAUAGAUGUGGUGUCAACAACAGCAUUGAUAUACACAGAAAGAGCAGCGCCUGGGGUCAGUGUGGACAUGAACAUCACAUAUACUUCUGCCGCUAAGAUUGGAGAAGAGAUACUGAUUACAGCUCAGAUUUUGAAGCAAGGAAGAAAUCUUGCAUUUGCCACCGUGGACUUAACAAAUAAGGCGUCGGGAAAGUUAAUUGCACAAGGUAGACAUACAAAGUAUAUAGGAAAUUAAUAUAAGAAAGUAAUUUAAAAAUAAUUAUGUUGGGCUUAAGAAUCCCAUAUAGAAUUGUUUUCCCAUUUAUGCAGUAAGACAUUAUCUGCAUGAAGUUGCAAUAGUUUAUAUAAAGUAAAUUAGUCUCACUUCCAUAAUAAAUGAACAAAUUUCUUGAUUAUCACCAGUAUUGCUACAGGCCUAAAAUUAGUGCCUAUUUUGGAAUGAACAACACAGUAUGAUAGCAUGGGGAUGCAUCUAGCUAUUUUUGGCCAAGCUAACAGAAAGGAAGAGUCUUUGGACCAGCCAUAUGGCUUAUCAGCAUGACAGUGUUUUAAGAGAUCUGGGUGUUUUUGCCUGUGGUGUCAUUGUGUGACAAAGCAACCCUGUCUUCAGGCCCAUCACAGUCACGUGCAAUCAACACUGUAUAUGCUUACAAACUAAACUACCCAUUCUGUAAGAUGAUUGUACAGAUUUUCUAUAACAUAGCGUGAAACGGGUUUGAAAGCAUAAAGCAGGCUAAUACGGAAUGUAAUUUACUGAUGCUGUUACAAGCUCAAAAUUAUUCAAUAAAGCUUUCUGAAACUA